AUGAUGGAUCUUCUCCAGAAAGAGCAUGAGCGGGUCUGGAAGCGCUUGAAGACCGGAAAAACUAUCAGCGAUGUGCAGUCCACGAUCGAUUUGCUGCAGGAGGCUCGGAAUACCAUUGCUGCCGACCCGGCAAAGGCCUCAAUCACACUCGCCAAGCUCCAGAACCCCGUCAAAUCAUCAUUCGAUACCACCAACGACAGUCUAAAAGAGGCUCACAGUAGCCUCAACAAAUAUACAAAAGCGUUAGACAAGCUGUUCAAAGAUCGACCUCUCCCAAGCACCGAAUAUGACGCUUUAUCAUCUUCUCCGGGCCUCGUCAAUAGAGCGAUAGCUAUGCAUUUGAUGCGCGAAGGCCAGUUCUCCGUUGCCUCGACUUUUCUCAACGAAACCGCACAGGACAAAACGCCAGCCCAGCCGGGAUACGAAGCUUCGAGUAGUGCCAGCGACGAGAGCAAUCUCGCACUUUCUUUUGAUCGGAUCAAAUCGGGCGAAAUUCAAGAACAAUUUACUACAAUGUAUCAUAUCCUUCAGGAACUCAAUGAAAACGCAAACCUACUUCCAGCAAUUCACUGGGCGAGAGAUAACCGAACAAUGCUCGAGGCCAGAGGAAGCAACCUGGAAUUCGAUCUUUGCAGGCUCCGGUUUGUCUGGUUGUUUCAUGGGGGUAAUGAGCCUCAAACCCCCAUGCCUGUCCGGCGGCAGGCUGCUCUGGAAUACGCCCGCCAAGAAUUCUCCAACUUUAUGCCACGACACCUGCGCGAAAUACAGCAACUGAUGGGCGCCAUGGCCUUUACUCCAAACCUGGAGGCCUCCCCAUACAGACAUUUAUUCAAUAGCCGGACAUCCUGGUCGGACGUCGCCCAGUCGUUUACAAAGGAAUUUUGUUCGCUACUUGGUCUCUCUGCAGACUCUCCUCUCUAUAUCGCUGCCACUGCUGGCGCCAUUGCUCUCCCGACUCUUUUGAAGCUACAAACAAUAAUGAAGGCAAAGAGAACCGAGUGGACAACGCAAGACGAGUUACCGGUUGAAAUACCGCUACCCAGCUCGUAUCUGUUCCACUCCAUUUUCGUCUGCCCCGUCUCUAAGGAACAGACCACGGAUCAAAACCCUCCAAUGAUGAUGCCCUGCGGCCAUGUCAUUGCACAGGAAUCUCUACAGCGGAUCAGCAAAGGCAACAAAUUCAAAUGCCCUUACUGUCCCAACGAGAGCCAUCCCCGAGACGCUCAAAAAGUAUUCUUAUAA